UUGGGCCUUGGUUUUUCGUCAUCUUGCAGCCAUGGGAUUCAUGCCAUGGAGCGAGUACAGACGCUGGUUCUGGGCGCUGGAGUGAUCGGCCUGAGUUGCGCCCGCGCCUUGGCGCGUCUGGGCCGGGAGGUGGUGCUCUGCGACCUUGGUGGAGCCGUUGGGGCAGGCACUUCCAGCCGCAACAGCGAAGUGAUCCAUGCCGGGCUCUACUAUCCUCAAGGCAGCCGUAAGGCAAAGCACUGUCUCCGUGGUUCAGAGAUGCUACGACGCUUCUGUUUGGAGCGAGAGGUGCCACAUCGCAUAUGUGGCAAACUCAUCGUGGCGACUUCGGAAGCACAACUGCCUGAGCUCAAAGCACUGGAGAUGAAGGCUGCCGGCAACGGGGUGAAGUUGGAGCCCUUGAGCCCGCAGCAAGUGCAGCAGAUGGAGCCGGAGGUCUACUGCGUGGAAGCUCUGCAUUCUCCCCGGACUGGUAUCGUGGACUCCCAUGCUUUCAUGCAGGCGUUGCUGGCAGAUGCCGAGGAGUAUGGUGCCACUUUGGCGUUACGCACACAGCUGCGAGGUGGCCAGGUCUACCAAGAAGGUGUGAUGGUGGAGCUUGAAUCUGUGGAUUCCGCUGAUGUCUUUACGGUAGAGGCGCAGGCAGUGGUGAAUUGCUGUGGCCUCGCGGCACCGCGGGUGGCGCGGUCCCUGGGGAUGGAGCCGGUGCCCAAAGCCUUCUACUGCCGUGGCAGCUACUAUGCCCUGCAAGGCGGCCUAAGACCCUUUUCCAGGUUGGUCUACCCAGUGCCAGAGCCGCAAACCAGCGGCUUGGGCGUGCAUGCCACCGUGGACCUUCAAGGGCAGGUGCGCUUUGGCCCUGACGUGGAGUGGUUGCCACCGGAGAUUUUGCCUGGACUAGAGGUGGACGAGGCGGCAUAUGGCUCCCACCAAGCUGCUGCCUAUCAAGUGGAUGACAAGAAGAGCGAGGCCUUCUACUCUGAGGUGCGCCGCUACUGGCCCAAGCUGCCAGAUGGCGCAUUAGUUGCUGACUACUCUGGAGUGCGCCCAAAGCUCUCGGCGCCAGGAGAGCCAGCUGCCGAUUUUCAAGUGGCUAGUUAUGGAAAGUUGGUGAAUCUGUUUGGCAUCGAAAGUCCUGGCCUCACCUCAGCCAUGAGUUUGGCGGAAGAGGUGGUGCAGCUGGUGAUGGAAGGAGGCGAAGCACCUCACGACGCGAUGCAGUAGGACUCUCCGCCGGAUCUCGCGCGGCGAAACACAGCGGAG